AUGGGUCAGAAAGCCAGCAAACUCAGCAAGGAAGACAUAUCAAAUCUCAAGAAAGAGACAAAGUUCACAACUAGAGAACUACAGCAAUGGUAUAAAGGAUUCCAGCGAGAUGCACCGACAGGAAUAUUGACGAAAGAUGAUUUUAUAAAGAUACACAAGCAGUUCUAUCCGUUUGGCGACCCCACGGAUUACGCAACAUUCGCAUUUGAAGCAUUCGAUAUUCGACAUCAUGGAUUUGUGACAUUUCCAGAUUUCAUUAUCUCUUUGAGUAUAGCAAGCCGAGGAACAACAGCAGAGAAAUUGAAGUGGGGGUUUAGGCUGUAUGACCGGAAUAAUGAUGGAUUCAUAAGCUACGAUGAUUUGCUAAGGGUGGUAAGUGCAAUUUACAUGAUGAUUGGUACGCAGUCAGUGAAAUUUAAAGAUGGCGAAGAUGCACCAGAGGACAGGGUCAAUAGGAUAUGGGCUACUUUCAACAAAAGCUUGGACAACAAGGAACACGAGCUAAUCAGCCGGAAAGAAUUUUCUGACAACAAGUGGGCGCCAGAUGUGAUAAAAGCGUUAUCUGUCUACGAUGACUUGAUUUAA